AUGUUUCGUCAGCCCGACAGCAUUUUGGCUUUGAUUCCAUCUUGCUGCUACCUGUUCCUGGACAGUGGCGGGGGGGGGGAAAAACACCGUCCCACCAUGUCUCGUUACAGCCUCCAUAAUCUCCUGGACUGGAUGUAUGGGGGUGUGGACCCCAGCUUUGCUGGCAAUGGAGGGCCAGAAUGCGCGGCCUUUCUCUCUGGGCAGCAGCGCUUUCUGGAGAGUUUGGUCUUCCUGAGUGUGGGCAUUGUGGAGAUCCUUCUGUCCCUGUGGAAGCUCAGGCAGCUGCAUUUCAGGGAGCUGGAGGGUCAUCUGCUGCAGCAGCCCCAGACUAAGCAGGAGAGCUUGGGCAAGAAUGUGCUGCUGGUGGUGCUCUGUCUCAUCUUUGGGCUGGAGGUGGGGUUCAAGUUUGCCACCAGGACUGUCAUUUACCUCCUGAAUCCCUGUCAUGUGGUCACUAUGAUGCAGAUUUUUCUUCUUGCCUGUCCUCCAUGUCGGAUUGCAAUGAUUCUCUUCAGGUUGCAGAUGCAUAUGCUGAAUGGGGCCCUCUUGGCAUUGCUGUUUCCUGUUGUUAAUACACGCCUG